AUGGAGGUGCUGCUGCAGCUGAGUCAUCUGCUCCUGCUGCCGCUGCUCCAUCUCCCGCUGCCUCGGAAUCAGCACCAGCAGCCGCUGUACCCGCAGAGUCAGCACCAGCAAAGUCAGCUACUCCUGCAGAGGCAGCACCAGCACAACCUGAGUCUGCACCAGCUCCAGCAGCUGCUCCAUCACCAGCCGCCGCUCCUUCUGAAACUCAAGCAGCUUCUGCACCUGCGGCUGCCCCAGCUGAAUCCGCUGCACCAGCUCCAGCAGCUGCUCCAUCACCCGCUGCUGCUCCUGCCGAAUCUGCUCCCGCUGCAGCUUCACCCUCGCAAGCUGCCGCUCCAUCUGAAUCUGCAGCUCCUGCCCAGGCAGCUCCAGCCCCUGCUGCAGCACCAGUUGAGUCUGCACCUUCUCCUGCUGCAGCUCCAGCCGCUGCUCAAAGUCCUGCAGGCGCUGAAGGCGCUUCUGGUUACAGUGGUGCAUCUCCAGCUGCUGCCAAUGCUCCAGCACCCGCAGCUUCUCCAAAAGGCGGCUAUUGAAAAGAACACGUUGUUAAUUUGAAAAAUACCAAAAAAUUUAAACUGGAAUAAUUUGGCCGUUUAGGCCUCCAAAAUUGAAAACAAAAUACUUUUCAUAUAAAAAACAUUUUUUGAUUUGAGAGUUUAAAAGUCCUUUACCUGCUAAAUGAGACACCCAUAAGUAGUUAGAUACACCUUAAU